AUGAUUGAGUCCCUCUUGGGAACCUGGAAGCUGGUCUCCACUGAAAAUUUUGAUGAAUACCUGAAACAACUGUGAGUGAAUUAUACAACUCGAAACUUGGCAGGAUUAGCAAAACCAAGAAGCAGUAUUAGUGCUGUCUGGGAUGAGGUGAACUUCAAAAUAGACAGUUUGAAGAACACUGAGAUCUUCUUCAAGCUGGGGGAAGAAUUUGAUAAACCACAGCAGAUAACCUGCAUCAUAACAUUCGAUGGUGACUCAAUGAUUCAUGUCCAAAAAUGGCUUGGCAAGGAGACAACAAUGAAAAGACAAAUCGGACAUGGAAAAAUGAUAGUGGUAAGUUUUCUCUAACUUGAAUUUUUUAGAUGUUCCCAUUUCAUGCAUGCCUUGCAAGUUACUCAGUUGUUUUGCAUCCUGAAUUGAAAGUCUGAGGAAAGAGAAACAGAUGAGUUUAAACUGUCAUCUACUAACUCUAUUAGACCUCUCUUUGCUUUUAGGAGUAUACUAUGAAUGAUAUUGUCAGCACGCAAGUCUAUGAAAAGGUAUAAAGAAUAUAUCUACAUCAGUGAAAACUUCUUCACUAACAGGAAAGUAGGACUUGAAGAAGAUAAUGUCUCAGGGCCAAUGAUUUUUAAAAAAUUGUUCAACACAAAUUUGCUCAAUGAAACCAUCAAAUUAAGCGCAGUUUUGGAGUUGUGUGAUACUUAGGGCUAGGGACAAUCUGAUAAAUUUGUAAUCAAGAAGCUACUUGUACGGGUACCAAAGUCCCCUUUAUACUCUGCCCACAUGACACCCAAGGUCCUUGAAUUCUUUCGAGUGGACACGUCCCAUUUAGGUUAAGGCAUUCUGUCAAAGGUACUCUGUUGAAAUUCAUGUGACCUCAACGGAGGCUACAUCAUAGUCUUUGGAAGCACAGAUGCUGAAAACCAACAUUUGGCUUUAAAUUUUUGCAGAAGCCUGGCCCUACUUAAAGUAGUUGUGAUGGAUGGAUGGAUAGAUAGAUAUAGAUAGAUAGAUAGAUAGAUAGAUAGAUAGAUAGAUAGAUAGAUAGAUAGAUGAUAGAAUACAAAGCAGAACCUGGAUAUUAUACACUGUGGUUGAAUUAUUAUAGAACAUUUAAAAUAAUCAUUGUCUUACUUAUCCAUAAACCCAUUUAAAAUACAUCUAGUUAAAGGGCAUCUCUCACCACUGUUUAUAACUUAGUCUUUGCAGAAUGACAUUUUAUUAAAUGCAAGUCCUGAAUUCCUAAAAGCCUACUAAUAAUGUGACUAUUAGAGCUAUACAAAGUACCUUAAUAGUUUCACCAAAUAUUGUUGCUAGAAAGUACUUUCAGACUUAGAACAAAACAAAGCAAUACAGGUAAAAUUAAAGGGUAAAGUCUAAAAAAAGGAUGGCAUUUGUAGCAAUAGGAAGAGGAAAGGGAGAAAGAAGAAGAGUUACAUAAAUAUCAUGGUGUACCUGGGAUUUAAGGAUAGUAAUUGGUCAAAGUAAGUCCUGAGAGUGUAUUUAAUAGGUGCUAAGGUAGAAUUCCAUGCAAUUUUUCAUUUAACUGGGUGAGAAGUGAAAAGUAGAAAGGGGCUCUAUCACUAAUUACACCUGAACAAUACACAUAAAAUGGACUGUCCUAGACAAACUAGGGGGUAAGUUCACCUUAGUAAGGAUGAAAUUGACAGGUAAUGUACAAAAGGACUGAGCAUGGGGUUGGGGCAAGAACUGAAUCCCUGGGCAAGGAAAGGAAUUACUGCUGUCAUAUUAAACCCUGAGGACCUCCAAGCAUACAGCUGUGCUCCUGAAGUGAUGGGCUUGGUAGUGGCUACACAGUUGCCGGAUGUGGGCAAUGACAGUCGUCCCCACAUGAUCUGUGCCUGUUCUUCCUAAAGGACUCGAGUGUGAACAAAAUGUUACUGUGCUUGCUCUUCAGAAGUCAAAGAGGCUUUUAACCACCAGGGUAAGUGGCCUGUGCACAAAAGGGAGAAUGGGCCAAAGUCUCCCUAAUCAGAGGACAGUCUCCACAGGUAGUUAGCUGCAGCUGACAGCUGCAGGGUUAAAGUGUUUUCCACAACCUUAGAAAGAAGCUGUUGUUUUACAUGGCACUAAACACUUACUUAUUUAAUUCUUUGGAUUUACAGAGGCAUAAUUAAGAAAAGAUGAGAAAAAAAUAAUACAAUUUUGAAUUUUCAAUACUUCUUUUCUCAUAGAUGUCACAAAUCAAAGUACAAAGAGCCUAAGUGAGAAGCAAGAUCCUGAUGUUGAAUCUUUAGUAGAUUUAUUAUAUUCUUUAGAAUACUAUUCCUUAGAAAAUCAUGCAUUCAGCAGCAAGUUCUUACUCAGUAACCGUUGUUUGUACAACACUGUACUAGGUGCUGGAAAAUAGCAAGAGUUACAUAUGGAAUUAAUUGCCUUUUGAUGUUACAAGUAGGACAGGCAUCUUGAAACCCUAUUGCUUUUUUUAUUAUUCUCAGUCAAAUCAUGUCAAAAUUUCUGUAUGAAAAAAAUCAUUAAAGUCUAGACUUAGAGUUAUUAGUCUUUACUAAGGACUUUCACAUCAGUCUUUACCAAAGACUUUCUUGGUAUAUCUGACUUGCCUUCAAAAGUCAUUAUAUAUCUAUAAGUAAGUGAUGGCAUAUCAUAUUGGUUAAGUUGUAUUGAAUUUAUUAUUAUCUUUCAGUAAAUAGUAACAUGUUUGUCACGUUUUACUGGAAGUAAUGGAACUUUUCUUUAUAGAGAGUCACUCAAAAAAUCAUUAUUUAUUCACUUUUCAAAAGGGCUUGAAAAUAGAGUGAGAGUAUAUAUAGUUUUUAUAUAAGCAAUACAGAAAGAUAUAUUUUAUGUUUGAAUAUUUUUAGCCUGAGUAACUUAAUGGUAAACCACCAUGUUUAAGAUCCACACUGAGGUUUGUAGGAAAGUAUUAAUUAUCCAAAGAUCAAUCAUACUAAAGCCAUGAUUACUAUCAAAGAAUAAUUUACCAAAUUUCUCUUCUGGCUACCCUGCAUUAUUUACUAAAUCACUGAUUAAAAAAUUUUUGUUUUGAACAUUCUUAGUGUAUUUAAUUUUCAUACUUUUUUUGCACAAAAAUGUAGUAACAUAAAGGGACAUGCUUUUCUUAACUGGCUAUAAAAAGACAAUUGACUAUUCUGAAGAGAGUAACCAAAAAUAGAUGGAAAAUCAGGAUGAAGUAUCAGGACAUAACCUAAUCCCCAAGUUAUAGAUCCUUAAGAUUUCUAUUUUGAACAUUUAGAGGAAAAUAUAGUCUGUCCAUUUUGAAGUUUGGUACCUAGACCCUAUAUUACUUGGGGGAGGUGGGGAAGGGCCACUUAUCCAGCAGCCCUGUGAGAGAAUGAAAUUCAUCUGUUAGCUGGUAGACACAGUGCAGUGGAGUAGAUGAAUGGGGUUUGAGAGCCAGUCAGAGCAGGACAUGCAUCAUACUUCUGCCACUGUCAGCCACAUGAGCAUGCUUUAAAACCACAUUAGUUUUCUCCUCUGCAAGAUGGAGAUUACUUCACAGGGCUGUGGUGAGAGUAGAUGAGACUUUAUGCAGUGGACCAGCACAGGGAAUCACUCACGUCUUCUGUUUCCCACAUCCCCCUUAAGGCAAUCAGAAUGCAAAGAAUAGGAUGAGAUAAUUGGGGGACACCCGCACUAUAACAGUGCAUAAACAGUCCUAGCAGACAAGUGUCUCAGCAGAGGUAAGCUUUGAACAGAGUCAAAGCAACUAAUUAGUUAGAAAUGGGCUUUGAGGAAAAUGA